AUGACGGCUACCUUCGGCUUUUCCUACCUUCACCACCGCCAUAACUCUUCUCACUUAAGCUUCGACGUUGCCUUCUUUCCCUCUCCAGAACCCAAUAAGUAUCGUAGUGUGGGGCAACAGAACUCUCCUCUCAAUCAAGUACUAUUUCACCAAGAACCCCAAGAAUCUCACAUAUCUCAUAUGCAACAACAUGGACUCUACAAAAGAUUCUGCCAACAACUAAACAUUCAUGUCCAUCUUUUCCUGCCUCAUCACUCGAACCCACAUAGACCCAGAUUCCAAUUCUUUGUAAUAUUUGAAAUCCUCAAGGGAUUGAAGCUUUUCAAGCUCUUCAUUGGUGAGAAAACACCCUGGAAGAAGGGGUUUUGGAGAAAUGAUGGUGAAGUUGAAGACGAGGAAGAAGAGUGGGAUGUAGAGAAUGAAGAGAUGAGGUUAUAA